AUGACUUUUUCAACAAAAUCCUCAUUAUGGAAUGAUAUUGAAUUAAAAGGUAUUUUAUCAUAUAAAACAAUAUCAUCAAUUCAAUCAAAUAUAAAUAAUUCCUUAUCACCAAUAAAUAAUUUAAUUUCAAUGUUUAUUCAAUCACCAAAUAAAACAAAUGUAUCAAGAAAAUUAUUUCAAUCGAAUACAGCAGAUCAAUUAACAAAUAAAUUGACAAUAAAUCGAAGUAAAUCAGAUGGAAUUGUUGAAAAUAAUGAUAAAAAACAUAUUAAAUUAAGUCCAUAUACAAUAUUUUAUCGUAAAUUGUAUGAAUAUGUCUUAUCUCAUCUUGAUCUUAUUUGUUAUCGUUUAUAUGGAUCUCAAUCAAAUAAAUUUGAAAAAAUCAUUUGGAAUUUAUUUGAAAAUUAUACUCGAUUAUUAUUUUGUUCACGAUUAAUUCAAAUAUAUAAAUCAAUGCCAAAUUCGAAAUUAAAAACAGUUCGAAGUGUUUUUAUUCGUUCAAUUAACAAAUAUGAUUUUGUUGAAAAUGAGAUUUAUAUUCAAUUAAAGACAUUUAUUCUUUUUUUUUUCUUCAAGAUAAAAAUUCAUGUUUAA